AUGGAGGAAGUUGAGGUGGGAGAUGAUGAUGGUGAGGAGGAGGGUGAGGGAGGAAGUAGUGGUGAGAAGAAUCCUUAUUUACAGAUGGCUAAGCAGUUCAUGAAGUCAGGAGCACGUGUGAGAAGAGCGUCGAAUAAGAGGCUGCCUGAGUAUCUUGAGAGGGGUGUGGAUGUGAAGUUUACAGAUGUUGCUGGACUUGGGAAGAUUCGUCUUAAGUUGGAGGAGAUUGUAAGAGACAGAAGCACAAGCUGGGGGCGGAGGGAAGAGGGAAGAAGAGAAAAGGAGAGAUGGGAAAAGAGAAGAAUAAGUGAACGGUGGAGGAGGAGGACGCGUUGCUCGCAGGUGUCACGAAGCAUGGUCCUGGGAAGUGGAAGAAUAUCCUCCGUGAUCCUGAGUUCGCUGUUGUGCUCUGUGAUCGCUCUAACAUCGACCUCAAGGUCUUUACUUUCUUCUUCUUCUUGUUAG